AUGACGACCACAGCCCUGGAUCCAGAAUUUCCCUGCUCACUUACAAUCGACCUUCCCCUCCCAACCGCCCGCCUUGCCUCCAUUGCUCUCAAAGCCCUCGUCGUCGACGCAGAGCUCUCCCCUCUCGUCCGCCGGUCCUUCACUACUAUCAUACCGUCCACCAUCUGGGCGGCAAAUGGAACAGUGAGUGUAGAGAAAGGCGAGGAAAGCGUACUGAGGACGGAAUACAAGGCGACGACCAACCGCAUGCUGAGGGUUGCUGUUAAUGGAUAUAUGGAGAGCUUGAGUGUCGUGCUGGGCAUUAUGGAGGAAUUGGAUGUGGAUAUUUUCGAGUUAGAGCUGAAAAAGAACAAUGAGUGA